GCAGGUGUGGAGUUUUUCCGCAACUGGUGCUGGUGACUAUGAUGAGACCUGCCUUGUUUGUUGGGACGAGGCGACCAGCGAUGAGAUUCUUCAGCUCGGAUGUUGCACCAUUGGGCUUCAUUGGUCUGGGCAACAUGGGUGGUCCAAUGGCCAGAAAUCUUUUGAAAGCUGGUCACAAGGUGGUGGGAUUUGAUGUGUCGCCUGCGAACCUCGACAGCUUCGCGGCAGCUGGAGGUCAACCUGUGGAGUCUCCCUUGGCUGUGGCGGCCCUGGCCAAGACGGUCGUGACCAUGCUGCCGGCUGGGUCUCACGUCUUGGAGGUCUAUAACGGGCAAGAUGGCCUGCUAUCAGAUGGUGGUGCGGGGAACGGGUCCUUGCUGAUCGAUUGCUCCACCUGCGAGCCCGCCAUUGGCAAGCAGGUGGCUGCCCUGGCGGGCCAAAGAGGUGCCGCCACGGUGGAUGCUCCAGUCUCAGGGGGUACUCCUGCAGCUGAGCAGGCGAGCCUUACCUUCAUGGUCGGCGGGCCUGAAGUGGCCGUGAAACAGGCCGAGCUUAUCCUUCAGCACAUGGGGAAAAAGGUGAUCCAUUGCGGGGAUGCUGGAAUGGGUCAGGCUGCGAAGCUGUGCAACAACCUGGUGCUGGGUAUCACCAUGGCGGGCGUCUGCGAGGGCCACGCGCUAGCAGGGCGUUUUGGUUUGGACCAGAAGAAGCUGGCGGAGAUUCUGAAUAUCAGCUCUGGCAGGUCUUGGAGCAGCGAGCUGUACAACCCCUGCCCUGGAGUUAUGGAAGGAGUGCCUGCAGCGCGUGGCUACACAGGUGGCUUUGCCUGCGACCUGAUUGUGAAGG